GCGCAAUGUGUCGUGAACUGUCGGGCUGAGCUUUGUUGUUGUGCGCAGGCUUCCCGAGCAGUGAGGAGGGCGCUGACGGGCAGCAAUGUCGCUUUAUGAUGACCUCGGUGUGGGUGCCAGUGACACCAAGACCGAAGGCUGGUCCAAGAACUUCAAGCUGCUGCAGUCCCAGCUGAAGGUGAAGAAGGCGGCUCUGACACAGGCCAAGACCCAGCGGAUAAAACAGACCACCGUCUUGGCGCCUGUCAUCGAUCUAAAGAGAGGAAGUUCCAGUGAUGAGCGGCAGAUCACAGACACUCCCCCACAUGCUGCAGCUGGACUCAAGGAUGCAGUGCCCAGCGGCUUCUCUGCCAGCGACGUGCUGAUCCCAUUAGCAGACGAGUAUGACCCGAUGUUCCCCAACGACUAUGAGAAGGUGGUGAAGCGGCACAGGGAGGAACGGCAGCGACAGAGGGAGCAGGAGCGGCAGAAGGAGAUCGAGGAGAGGGAAAAGAAGAGGAAAGACAGACAUGAAAGUGGUGCUCCUAGUGGCUUCUCUCGUUUCCCGGCAGCAGAGGAAGACUCGGAUGAGGAGGAGGAGUACGAGAAGGAGCGGAGGAAAAGAAGUAUGGGUGGUGCAGCCAUUGCCCCUCCAUCUUCACUUGUGGACAGAGAUGGCUCUUCAUUUUCCUACGAAGACGAAGGUCGUCCUGCCAGAGGCUCAAAGGCCGCCAUCCCUCCACCUAUGUAUGAAGACUCAGAUCGGCCACGGUCGCCACCUGGACCAACCAGCUCCUUCCUUGCUAACAUGGGAGGUACGGUGGCCCAUAAGAUUAUGCAGAAAUAUGGCUUCAAAGAAGGUCAGGGCCUCGGCAAGCAUGAGCAAGGUCUCAGCACGGCCCUGUCUGUGGAGAAGACCAGCAAGAGAGGUGGAAAGAUCAUAAUCGGUGAUGCAGCAGAAAAACCAGGCUCCAGCCAGUUGGGUGCUGCUGAGACUUCAGGCGGAGGCUCUGCAGCUGACUCCUCCAAGAAGUCCGAGGCUAACCCGCUCACAGAGAUCCUGAAAAACCCGACCAAAGUGGUCCUGCUGAGGAACAUGGUGGGACGAGGAGAGGUGGACGAAGACUUGGAGGGAGAGACGAAAGAGGAAUGUGAGAAAUAUGGGAAAGUAGUUAAAUGUGUCAUUUUUGAGAUUGCAGAGGUGCCAGAUGAUGAAGCCGUCAGGAUAUUUCUGGAGUUUGAGAGGGUGGAGUCGGCCAUCAAAGCUGUGGUGGAUCUGAACGGACGUUAUUUCGGUGGGCGAGUCGUCAAGGCCUGCUUUUACAAUCUAGACAAGUUUCGUGUUUUGGACCUCGGCGAGCAGGUUUGAAGGCGCCCUGGGAAGCUGAGAGAACGACACCACAUGAUGAACUUCCAUCAUCUCCCCACAUGUACAUAAAAACGUUUUAUAUUUCCUGAACAGCAGUCUGUGUAGUGGUACAGGUCUGUAUUGUAGAAUAUAAUGUUUUCCUGUGAUUUAAAAAAAUACCUUAAUGUAAAACACAAAUAAAGGGUAUCAACUGCA